AUGGUAGACCAAGUCAAACACGAAAAGCAAAGUACAAACAUACCUUUUAUAGAUGAUAAUAAAACUGAAUCUAGUAAAAAAGUAGCAGCUAAAAAAAAUGGUUCAUCUGAUAAAUUUUUGGCAUCAAAAAAUUCUUUUUCGAAAGCACCACCAACUGAUAAUCUUUAUUUUAAAUUUGAUGAUCCGCAUUUAACUAAGGAAGAAGAAGAUCGUUUACAAUUAUCAUUCAAACAAGGAGUUGAAAAACAAGCAAAAGAAGUUGAAAAAAGUGCUGAAAACAAACCAGUAUGUGAAAUAUUUGAAUUUGAUGAAAAAAUGACAUUAAAUGAAAAUAUUCCUGGAGUAAAUAUGGGUUUUCUCGAUCGAUUAUUUCAUCAAAUAACUCGACCACCACCUUCGGAAUCCGAUUAUUUAAGUGAUGAUGUAUUUGUAGAAACUGAAGACGAUGAUAUAAACAUAAAAACUGUAACUAAUAGUAAUACAAAUGUUGGUCAUAGUAAAUCAAAACGUGAAGGUUCAUUUAUGGAACAUAUUCGAUUAUUUUUUACUGAUUUAAAUGAAGAAACUGAGGUUAUUCGUGGUGUUAUUGACGAAGAUACUUUAUUUAAUCGACGAAGCCGUAAAGCAAAACAAAUUCAUCCAUCAAUGCAAUAUAAUCAAAUAACAUCUCUGUAA